AUGUAAUUAACAAAUAAAAUACUUUUUGGAGCAAUUAUUGCUUCAUUUCUUCAAUGGUACAAUUAUUCCUUUUUCAUUGGCUUUAUAAUUGGAUGUUUUACUAUACUUUGUGUUCAAUAUAACUACAUUAUGGAAUAUCUUAAAAAACAGCAUUAGAAUUAUAAGAUUACCAUCACCAGUGGUAAAAUAUUCAUGUCAAUUAAAAGUUAAGCAAAACUUCGAAGAAUAUUUGCAUCCAGUUAAAUAGAAGAGAAAACACUAUAUAAAUAAAUUCAACACCGAAUUGCAAAUUGAAAAUCCAUAACCUAAAUAAGAGGAUACUUAAAUAUCCUAACAAAUUUCUGUCUAAAAAUUAUAUAGAAAAAAAUUCUUAAAGAAACUUGAUGUCUAUAUGGAUUUUUUGGAAGGGAUCAAGGUAUUAAUUAUCAAAAUAUAAGGAAUCUGAACAAUAAUUCGGUUCACAAUUAAACGAAUUAGAUAGUAAAUUACUUUCUGAAAAUGAAAUUAAUAGUAUCGAUAAAUAUUCUGAAGAAGGAAACGAAAUUAUUCAACAACUUACUGGAAUCUAGUUGAGUUCUAAGUUAUUUUUGUUCUUACCUUAAUGGAAAGACUUCAAGAAAGUGUUAAAAUAAAUUAGUCAAUACCAUAUUGAAAUUGCCUCAGAUAUAAACAAAGUGAGUAUUCAAUUAGUAUCACUCAGGAAAACCUACACGAAAGAAGUAGAGGAAAUCAGAAAACAAAGAAAGAAAUUAAAAUAUCAAACGGUCGAAUGCUAUCAAUGUUAUUAAAAGAUUCUAAAUGAAUUCAAUUAAAUUGAAAAGGAUUUGUAAUCCUUCACUUUAGCUCAUUAAGAAAUGCUAAAAAGGAAAGAUGAUCCAACACAAAUCAUUAAAAGCGAAAUGAAAGUCAAAUUGCAAAUGCAACAAUCAGAUACCAUAAGAUUGAAAUUAACAGAUGCCAGAGAUAAAAUCAAAGAAAAUUAAAUAGAAAUCAAUGAAUUUAAUCAAAAGAUGCACCUUUUCUAGCUUAGUUAUGAAGAAUCAAGAGUUGUAUUUAUAAAACAAGGUUUCCAAGCAUUUUUAAUAACAUCUGAGAAUUAUGCCAGUUAAUUUUAGACUUAGAUCUCCACCUUAAUAGUAAUUAUGGAUGAAGAUUAUUGUAAUGAUAUCUCCCAUUUAUAUAUUAGAUUAAAUAUACCCCUCGAGAUAACACAGGAGUCCAAAAUCCCCUCAAAAGCAGGUGUUGGAGAAUUAAUAAUAAAAUUAAAUAGCUGAACUUGAUAUCAAUGAAUAAAUUAAGGAAUGUUAAAGACAAACUACUUAUUUACUUUAAUAAUGGUAAAUAGUGUAAAAGUAUAAUGAAGAAUUGGAGUACUUCUUUAGAGAUACUAUCUAAAUUUUUAAUCAAAAAUUAAUAGAUAAAGAUUUUACACUAGUCAAGUUGCAAAUUGAAUUAGAAAAAAAAGAAGUAGCAGAUAUUUUCAAUGUUCUGUUUUCAAGUUUAGUGGGUGUUAUUCAAAUAAUUAAAGACUCAAAUAAACAACUUGUAGACUAAAUAGAAAGAAAACGAUAGGAUAUUGCUAAAUGUAGAUUAGAGAUGUCAAUUGGUAAAGAACUUGAAACUUGUGCAUUAAGAGAUUUAAAAAAGUUGCAAAGUCUUAGCACUGAUGAAAAAGCACUUGAGUAGUAUCAAAAUGAUUAAGUCGAUAAAUCUAAAACAAAGAAAGCAGCUUAACAUUUUUUUAAUGAGAUGAAAUAAAAUAUGUCAGAAGUGAAAUCCUUAAAUUUUGGUAAAUUUUAUGCAACUAUUGGUUAAACUGUAUCUAAAGUUCAAAAGAUGAGUAAUUUGAAAGAGGAUGAUCUUAGAGAAUAGUAGACAAAAUUAAUAGAAGAUAAAAAAACCCUAAUUUCAUUGUAAGGGUAUACUUUAAAGAAAAUAGAAGAUAUUCUCAAUAAACACAAUAAAUAAGUAGCUAAAAUGAAAAAAAUAUUAAUUGAAGAUUUGGGGAGAUUUGCUAUUUAAAUAUUUACUAAUUUAAGAAUGAUAGUUGAUGAAAGUAAAUUUACUAUUAAAUUUAGCAACUGAAAAUAUUUAGAUUAUGUAAUAAAGAGAAAUCUUAGAGAAUGAAAGUAAGGAGUAAGUAAUUUAAAAUGAGAAAGAAGUCACUAUUUGUCAAAAUGAAGAAAUGGUAGAAGAUAUUGAUGUAAGUACUACAUCGUUAUUACUAUAAAAACUCUUAAAAGUAUUAGCCAAUGAUUGGAAGGAAAGUCAGUAUUUUAAAGGGAAAAUUAAAAAAGUAUUACAUAGGACACUAAAUAACAAAAGAGCUGCAAUGCUAUCAGAGAUUAACGUAUCUGAUUUAAAGAUUAUUGGGGAUUCUCCAUCAUUAUCUGAUAUAUAAGCACUAAGAUAGGAUGCUAAUGAAGUAUUAUUUUUGAUAGAUUUCAGUUUCUAUGCGACUUAGACUUAUCUUUUAGGGGGAAAGUUUUAAUUGUCUUAAGUACAAAUUUCCUCCUUACAUGGCCUAAGGAAUAUUAAGUGCCUAUUGAAAUUAGGAUUACAAUUACUACUUUUACAAGUAGGGUUAGAUUAUGUUUUGUCCCCACUCCUCUUGGGAAGAGUUGGUAUAAUAUGAAAAUAAGUUUUAGGCUUUCCAUAAUAGGAUAACCUGCUAUUAAUUUAGAUAUUGAAUUAAAUCUCUUGUAAAAAUAUAAUGUUGCCAAAAUCUAAUAAAUUACUGAUUUAAUUAGAGAGGCCUUAAUAGGAAAAGUGAAGCUAAUGACAUACCCUAACAAAGUAUCAAUUAAGCUGCCUUUAAGUAAGAAAUGA